UCUACAAAAACGGUCAUAACAGUAAUAUACAGAUAAUGUUUAUGAUGAGACGAUUUUUCUUUCUUUAUAUUUGUUUGUUCAUGAGAAAAUACUGCUUAACAUUUGCAUUAUCUGAUGUCAUUACAAAAUCUACCAGCACUAUUCCAGAUGAAGAUGAAAAGAUAAUUAACCUAUAUCUUUGUCAAGGAGAAACACUGAAUAUUACCUGUCCAAAAAACUUUGUUAUUGUGUUUGAUGAUGCAAACUUUGGUCGUGGACAUUCAGAUAGUGAACGAUGUACACAGUUCUGGGGCAUAGAAAGUACUCAUUGUGACCACCACGAACAUACCCUUAAAGUCUUAAAUGAUAAAUGUCAUGACCAGCAAACAUGCCUUCUUCCAGUGGACAAAACUGUAUUUGGAAAUCCAUGUUUUAUUGUUACAGAGUACCUAUAUGUGAAAUAUCACUGUAAAAGACAGGGAAAUCAUGGUUUAGAGAAUUCCAAUAAUAGUGCAACUUUUGAGCAAACUACAUACGAUGGAAAAGACAUGAGGGAUGACAGAAAAGGCAAAUUAGACAGAAAAGACAGAAAAAACGACAGAAAAAAACAUCUUUGUCAAGGAGAAACACUGAAUAUUACCUGUCCGAAAAACUUUGUUAUGUUGUUUGAUGAUGCAAACUUUGGUCGUGGACUUUCAGAUAGUGAACGAUGUUCACAGUUCUGGGGCAUAGAAAGUACUCAUUGUGACCACCACGAACAUACCCUUAAAGUCUUAAAUGAUGAAUGUCAUGAACAGCAAACAUGCCUUCUUCCAGUGAACAAAGCUAUAUUUGGAAAUCCAUGUUUUUUUGUUACAAAGUACCUAUAUGUGAAAUAUCACUGUAAAAGACAGGGUAAUCAUGGUUUAGAGAAUUCCGAUUAUAGUGCAAAUAUUGAGCAAACUACAUGCGAUGGAAAAGAAAUUGGCAUAAGGGAUGACGGAAAAAGCGAAUUGGACAGAAAAGACAGAAACAACGACAGAAAAAAACAUUCAAUAACAACGUCCAUUUUGACUACACAUUACGAUAAGCAGCCAAUAAUUAAUCCGUCCAUUUUGACUACUGAGAACGUUCAUCAUUAUUCGACAAAGGUUAAAAAGAACACAAAAGAAAUAAAAGCUAGUAUGGACAUGAUUAUUGUAGUAUCUGCACUGGUUUCCAUAUCAAUAGCUGCUUCAGUCACAAUCACAGUUAUGUGUUACCAAAGACACCAAUCGAAGCAUUCGCUAACCCGCUCAGUUCGCCAAGAUCAAAUUAUAACAGAAAGGGUUGAUUCGUCGAACUAUACCGCGAUAUGGUACAAUGAAAUGACUGAUAUGAGUUUACCCGAGACAAAUGAGAACUACUAUGAAAAUAAUACAACUCCUCGUGAGCCUCAAGCCAUUACAGAUAUAAUACAACAGACGGGAGACACCUUAACUGAAUACGAAUCAUUAUCAAAUUAUCGAACCUCAGUUGAACAAGUUUAUGAAUCUGAAUCUACCCAAAAUCAAUAUCAGUUAUUAACAACCCAACGUAAUUUAAGUGUACAUACUUAUGAAUCUACUGAACCUGAAUUACAUGCAACGACGGAAUCGGAUUUACAUCAGUAUUUUAUAGUUAUCCCAUGAGGGCGUGGUGUGUCAGUGUAAGAUCAUCCCGAUGGACGGAGGCCAGAGGGUGUUCUCACAUUGACGCAUCAAGUACGAAUGAGAAAACUGCUUUACAUACCAGCUGUUCCAUGUCAGAAAAAAACUUAUUUACAUUUCAUAAAAUUUAGUCUAGAUUGCCACAAAAUCCUUGAAAAACACUAUAUAUCAAUAUACAGACUGUAUAUAUCUAUAUAUACCUUUUAUGAGCCCGGACACAAUUUCAAAUGUGUUAAAAGAGGGACCUAAAGAUACCAAAGGGACAGUCAAACUCAUAAAUCUAAAACAAACUGAGAACGCCAUGGCUAAAAAUGAAAAAGACAAACAGAAAAACAAUAGUACACAUGACACAACAUAGAAAACUAAAGAAUAAACAACACGAACCCCGCCAAAAACUAGGGGUGAUCUCAAGUGCUCCGAAAGGGUAAACAGAUCCUGCUCCUCAUGCAGUCUCGUCGUGUUGCUUAUGUGAUUACAAAUCCGGUAAAUAGUCUAAUUCGGUAGGUCAAAUUCAUGAAAGGAAGGGGGUUUGCAAUUACGACGUAAGGAACAUAUCCGUUAUCAUUUGUGAAACGUUUAUUCCAUAACGGUCAACCAACUUGUGAUGGCGUCCGUGAAAUUUACGAAGGGAUGAUUUCAACUUCACCAUUUGGAACUCUUGGUUUAAAAACUUCCUUGUGAGCAGUAACCCUCUAUCAAGAAAAUCAACAUAGGAAAUGCAAGCACGGGAAUAUCGUGUCAAUUGGG